GAAGGGUGCCAUUGUUCUUUUGCUCGCUCAUCAUCUGCGCGAAGUCGUAGUCUGAAGUUGACACGAUGGCGCCAAAGAGACCGAACACAGCGGAGGAGACGGCGACAGCGCGCAAGAAGGCGAAGACUACGGCAGCGCGGACGAUCCGCAUCCAGGAGCCGUCAGCGCAGGCUGGUCCUUCGAGCGUAACUUUGGAUAGCAUGAAGAAGCUACCAGGUGCUAUUCAAGUAGAGAAAUUUGCUGAAGCGCGAGCUUUUGAGAUCGACGCGAUGCACAAUGCAAUGCAGAACUCAAGUGAACACUCCGCCCAACGCGCAUGGCAGGCUCUUCCCCGUCAUCUCCGCCGACGCGCCGCCAGCCAUGAUCCACGACGCGUCCCUACGCGUUUGCGCGAACGUGCUAAGGCUGAAAUCGACGGACCCAUCCGCAAGCGCCGCCAUAAGGUAAAGAAAGGGACCACCACAGCGAAGGAGUUCGCUAAGCGCCAGCGCGAUAAAUCAUGGCUCGAGACGCAUGUCUGGCAUGCGAAGCGUAUGAUCAUGAUGAAUAUGUGGGGAUAUAGACUUGCCGUCAAACCAACUGAGAAGUCUUUCCGUCCUUCCCAUCGUGCUGCCAUGCACGGCUCCAUCUUGCACGACGCCUCGUACGAGGGACCGAUCGAGGUUUCUGGUCCGUUAGAAAUCUUAAAGCUCGCUCUCGAGCAAUGCUGCGACUGCCAGGGUCCAAGCCCAGCCGCGCCUCGCUUCGCUGAUGGCUCUCGCGCUUUCAACACUUACAUCUACGAGUUCCAGACCUAUCCUCUUGCUCUCGUCUCUCCCGCGUCCAUCAUCUGGCAGCCUCGAAAUUCUAUCCCACAAAAGCCUGCCAAUAAAAUCCGAGGAAAAGGGAAGGGGAAAGCCACCACCACUUCCGGUGCAACCUGCACGCCAGCCAGCCCUGCCGCCGAAACGCGUACUCUUUGGCUUCGCUGCCACGCCGAUGCCUUUCAGUGGGUAUUCCAAAUCCUGCAGCGUUCUAUCACGUUCGCUUUGGACACAUUCAACAAAGCACACCCGGACGAGCCUUCGCAAGAUGUGGAGAUCGCUGACUUACGAGGGGAGGUCAACAUCUUCGAGAUCAUGGGUCCGCAGGCAAACCAGGUAUUGAGGGGUGCGCUCAGGGCGGUACCCAGAGGGGAGGGAGAAUUCGACCAGUUCUGGGCGUCGUUGAAGGAUUUGCAGACGUCGGGAGCGGUGCCAAGGGGCAUGAUUGUGGGGUUCACGGUCGAUGAUCCCAGGCUGAGAUUCCCACCCAAGCGAGCCAAACCUGAUGACGAGGCAGCGCAGUCGCAGUCACCCACAUUCCCCUCGCCGGCGCUUGCUGCAAGUACAAUCUGGGACCCGGACGUCCGCAAGAAACUAUCGGUACCCAGGUAUACCCAAAAGCAGCUGGACGAGCGGCGUGCGAAGAACCUCGUCCCCGGCACACCCCUCAACACCCUCCGCCUCGACAACCGCGUUCCCGUCCUUCUCAUCCAGCGCUCCGUGGAACCCUUGUCAUCGUCCACCUCCGGCACCUCUUCCCUUGCCUCUUCCGCUGCCACCUCCCGCACCUCAUCCUUCAACCGCACCAACUCCUCCAACUCCCCCCUCACAUCUCCCUCCACCCCCUCGCAGCCCAUCCACGGCUGGACGCUUAUCUUCCCCGCCGGCUGGGGCAUGGCCUUCCUCCCCUCCCUCGUGCAUACGGGCACGCGCGUCGCUGGCCAGCGCGAGCGCGCCAGCCAGUCCUUCGAGGCCGGCGUUCCACACUUCCCGCAGGACGUCCCCGGCGACUGGACGACGCUCGUGCAGUUCGGCAGCCACGAGAAAUGGUGGGCGACGCGCUCGAUGGAGGAGCACGCGCGGUGGGAGCGCACGCCGCCGAGUAAGCGGCCGAACUGGCUGAAGCUGGGGACGGCGAGCAUGUGGAUCCCGGAUUGGUGGCGGGUGCUGGGGAUCGAGCCGGUGUUGGAGUACCCGGGGGGUGCUAAGAAGGAGCCGGAGAAGGCACAGGAGCCGACGGAAGUGUUCGUGAGCGCGCAAAGGGAGGAAGAGGUGGUCAAUGAUGCGAAUAUGGAGGAUGCGGAAGACGCGGAAAAGCCCCCUUGGCUCCUCCGCGGGCCAGAGACGCGGCAGGUCCUGCAGCGCCUGACGUCGGUUCUGCUGCCCGCGGAGGCCCUGAAGAGCGAGAUCCUCCGUCUCCGUGGCAAGCGAGGCCUGCCGCCGCCAGGACAAGACGCCAAUGCUGACCGUAACAGCGCGACGACCAUUGCUGCAACGAUCCCUGACCCCAGAAACCCGAUCUCCACCGCCGACAUCGCGAAGGCGGACACCCUUUUACAGACAGCACUGAUACAAGUGCGCGUGCAGAUGUGCCGGCGGGGGCGCCCUGGGGACCUGGCUGCGAUCUACGCCGUCGACGAUGCGGAGCGGCGUAAUUGGGCGAGGGCGCUGGCGGAGAAGCCGAGGCAGCCCGUGGUGGAACUGCCAGAGGAUUCUGAUAGUGAUGAUGAGGCUGCGGUGGAAGGUGAAGACAGGGACAACAUCGGGUUUGUUACUACGGGAAACUACUCGCUUGCGAGGGGCGAGGGCUUCGGAUUUGGAUCCAUAGCGCUGACCGCGCUGUUGAAGUUGGAAGAGCAGAGGGUUCGGUGUGUGCUCUUGACUUUGUGCCACUUGAUGUUCAGCUAACGAAGCUCCAGCAUGUAUGAGAAGUUCUGGCUUGUGAAGGUGAAGAACAGGAACAGUGCGAUGUGCCGUGCGGCAAGGAUAGAGG